AUGGAUGUCGAAGACGAGAAGCGAGUUUCGGAACAAAUAAAGUUGUUAAACAAGAAACAGGCUGUUUUGCAGCACGUGGUUAAAAAUCAGCUGCAGCAAGCCGAACUUAGCAAAUAUUUUAUGGAUUUAGGCAGCAUGAUUACAGAACUCGAGUUUGACGUGGAAAGUGUCAUGGGUUACGUCACGGACGUACAAACGAAGUUUGCGCAGUUAGAAAUGUUUCCACUAGUAGCUCCAAUAGAAUACGACUUGUUGAGGGUAGUGCCCUUGCCGGUGCANGACCACGAUAAUGUUUUUAAGGUCGCACAAGUAAAGUUCGAGAUAGUUGCAGUAGAUGAAAAUAAACAAACAUAUUCCGUUGUAAAAGUAAAAAAGGUGUACAAAGUACACGCGGACGCACCAUGCGAGGUGCAGGCAUAUGUUAGUAAUUCAGGAAAAUUUUCCAAUUGUAAAGAGGAAACUGUGAUUUCGAACCACACAAUGUGGAUAAGACUAGAAAAAGCACGCGUAUGGCUGUACUCAACCCCGAAAAGCGAGUCGGUGGUGAUAUCGUGCAAAAAUCGAAAGAAAGCAACGGAAACUGUAAACGGAGUCGGAGAGAAAAAGUUGUCGGAAAAGUGUAAGUUAGUGACGUCCACUGUAACGAUUCGCACCAACAAGGUGAUGGACGGUGAACAAAUUGACACGUAUGUGCCACGAUUCAACCUUUCGGUGUUAAAAGCAAAAGAUCGAACGUUAUAUACAGCGGGCGCAAUAACGAGCCCGCCUUUGCUGGGUUGUUUUCCGCGCACGAACCGCGAUAUCAAAAAAUGCUCCUACAACAUGGACUCCUCGUACGUGAUAUUCUCGGCGAUGGGCAGCUUUUUUCUACCUAUGCUGGUGAUGUUGUAUGUGUACGGCAGAAUUUCGUGCGUAAUAGCGGGCCGGCACAGAAGUCUGGAAACGAACAAGGCGGAAAACGUUCGGCCACGUCGUAAAUUCACGAUUGAUCGCGGGAGGAGCAUUAAAGCGCAGCGUUCGAAUUGCGCGGAAAGCGGCGAGACGUGUAAACCAACCGAGGAAGUCGAACCGACGAACAUGUGCAAAAAGUUGAGCACAAUUCGGGGUAAUCAUCAGAGUAUCAACAGGGUCGCGAGGGAAACAAAAACUGCGGGCACUUUGGCAGUGGUUGUCGGUGGUUUUGUUGCGUGCUGGCUACCAUUUUUCACUCUGUACCUGGCGACACCCUUUGUGCCCAUGGAGCCGCCGGACAUUCUCAUGCCAGCUUUAACGUGGCUAGGAUGGAUCAAUUCGGCCAUCAACCCGUUCAUCUACGCCUUCUAUUCGGCAGACUUCAGACUCGCUUUCUGGCGACUAACAUGUCGAAAAUGUUCCAAGAGUAAACUGAACUUGGAUGGCACAAAUCGGAAAUUACCUGCCCCGGUUAACUGGAAGAAAGAUACUUCGAGGACGUGA